CGCGCCGCCGCAGUGUAGAGAAUCUUAGCCGCGGGCAAGGAAGAGAGCGCUAGCGAGGGAGAGGCUCGCGGGAGCGGGAGCUUCUUUGAGGCGUUGUGUGCCGAGCCGACAGCUGGUUGGUGCUCGGGCCUCGGCGGCUGGGGGCUGCUCCGUCCACGUGCUUGCGGCGGCGGCGGCGCCAUGGAGCUGGAAGAGUCGGGCAUUGGAGAGGAGUGCGGCGUGUUCGGGUGCAUCGCUUCUGGAGAGUGGCCCACGCAGCUGGAUGUGCCGCAUGUGAUCACCCUGGGACUCGUGGGGCUGCAGCACCGGGGCCAGGAGAGUGCUGGCAUUGUGACAAGUGAUGGCAACUCAGACCCAGCAUUCAAAGUCCAUAAGGGAAUGGGGCUUGUAAAUCACGUUUUCACUGAAGACAAUUUGAAGAAACUGUACGUUUCAAAUCUUGGAAUUGGGCAUACACGGUAUGCCACUACCGGAAAGUGUGAGUUAGAAAACUGCCAGCCUUUUGUGGUUGAAACACUUCAUGGGAAAAUCGCUGUGGCCCACAAUGGCGAAUUGGUAAAUGCUGCUCGAUUACGGAAAAAACUCCUGCGUCAUGGCAUUGGUCUUUCCACGAGCUCUGACAGCGAGAUGAUUACUCAGCUGCUGGCCUAUACGCCUCCUCAGGAACAGGAUGACACCCCAGAUUGGGUAGCAAGGAUUAAGAACUUAAUGAAGGAAGCGCCCACAGCAUACUCCCUGCUCAUAAUGCACAGAGAUGUCAUUUACGCGGUACGGGACCCCUACGGAGCUCGUCCUCUAUGUAUCGGGCGUCUCAUUCCAGUUUCUGAUAUAAAUGACAAAGAGAAAAAAACAUCAGAAACAGAAGGAUGGGUGGUAUCUUCAGAAUCUUGUAGCUUUUUAUCUAUUGGUGCAAGGUAUUACCGGGAAGUCUUGCCUGGGGAGAUUGUGGAGAUAUCCAGGCAUAGUGUCCGAACACUUGAUAUAAUACCCAGGUCUGAUGGAAACCCAAUGGCUUUUUGUAUCUUUGAAUAUGUUUAUUUUGCAAGACCAGAUAGCAUGUUUGAAGAGCAAAUGGUUUAUACAGUAAGAUACCGCUGUGGUCAGCAGCUGGCCAGAGAAGCCCCUGUGGACGCUGAUUUGGUCAGCACUGUUCCCGAAUCUGCCACCCCUGCUGCUCUUGGUUAUGCAGGAAAGUGUGGACUUCCGUACGUGGAGGUGCUGUGCAAAAACCGGUACGUGGGAAGAACCUUCAUUCAGCCAAACAUGAGGCUCAGGCAGCUUGGCGUCGCAAAAAAGUUCGGAGUGUUGUCUGACAACUUCAAAGGCAAAAGAAUUGUCCUCAUAGACGAUUCAAUUGUGAGAGGCAACACUAUCUCACCCAUAAUAAAAUUGCUCAAAGAAUCUGGUGCAAAAGAGGUGCACAUUCGAGUAGCUUCACCACCAAUAAGAUACCCAUGCUUCAUGGGGAUAAACAUCCCCACAAAAGAAGAGCUUAUUGCCAACAAACCAGAAUUUGAUCAUCUUGCAGAAUACCUUGGAGCAAACAGUGUCGUGUAUCUGUCAGUAGAAGGAUUGGUUUCAUCUGUACAAGAAGAGAUAAAAUUUAAGAAGCAGAAAGUGAAAGCAAAUGAUGUAAUUCAAGAGAACGGCAAUGGCGUGGGAUGCUUUGAAAAGACUGGGCAUUGCACCGCUUGUCUCACUGGAAAAUAUCCCGUGGAACUGGAAUGGUAGCUGCUUGGCACUGACGUGGUUGCUUCAAGAAGGUUGAUCGAGAAGUAGUUAAACAUUGUCUCUUCACUCAGUUGUUUCAGAUUAAAAUACCACCCGCUUAUGUUUACCUUUGUAAUUGAAAUUUUUCUGAAGAGAGUACCAAAGUGCUGUAAUUGAACCGUGCUAAUUGUGCGUAAAACAUGUGCGAUUCUCCCAGUGUGCGCGCUUUGCACUUCUUCAUGUAGACGGAGGAGACGUCGCCGAGGCCGCGCGUGGAGGGUUUGCAGGAGGCCGCGCUGCGGAGCUGGCUGCUGGCAGGAUAGGUGCGCGAAAUACCGCGUGUCACGAGACACUCGUUUUGCCCAUACAUGUCUUGUCUCGACCUUGGCUUUCUUAAUCAUGUGCGUGUUCCUCCCCCUUCUUGUCAUGACGGGGUCAAGAAGAUACCCUUUUCAAAGCCGGAGAAUGUCAAGUUCAAGGCCAGUCUGGGCUAACCUGCCUUAAAAUAAAAGUAUCUUUCUGUGCCUCAGUAUGCAGUGAGAUACUUAUCGUAAUUAAUAAACAAGAAUACCGUUUUAAAAAAAAAAAGUGUCAUGAUUUUGGUCGUUAGUCAUCAUUUUAUCCCUAAAUUUUAAGAUAGUGCAUGUUCAUUAGAUCCUAAGUAGCUAAUGGUUUAUAGCUUUUUGGAAAUUACUUUACCAUUGCAAUGACAUUAUGACAGAGGGAAAUUUUACACUUAGUACAUUGAGUGCUUGACCAUUUACAGUCAUUUGUAUAUGUAUACAUGUUGAAAUUCAGUGAUCAAAUAGAAACACAAUCUAGGCCAAUUGUGCUUAAAGAUCCAAGAAGACAGCUACUUUUUGGAAUUGGAAUCCUGUGUCUAAAAGUGAACUUAAUAAUCACCUUUCCGUACUUUGUUUUAUUAGGCUCUAAUAAAUUAAAGUUUUUUGAAAAAACAUGUUUACAAGAUUGAGGUGAUUUGCCUACGAACUCUUGCUGAUGUGAGAUUUUUAACAUGUCAAAAUGUUUGCUCCUAUCAUCUUGUUGCAACAGUUUGAUAUUAAUAGUUUCCAAACCCAUUUAGGAGUCUAAUCUACUGACACCUGAAAUUGCUCCUGUGCGUUUGGUAGAUGGUCUCACGUGAGACAUGGUGCAGGCCAAAAUGGCAUGCUGUUGGGACUUACAGCGUGUGCAACAGGGGCUCUAAUGAGCUGUGGCCCAGCCCGGGGACCGCGUUCGUGGGAUCAGCCUCUUGUGGUAAAUGUGUUUCCUAUGGCAGAACGACCUGUGUGGGUCAGGAGACUCGGAAGGUAUUAAGCCCAAAUCUCGCGUUUGACUUCUGCAUUCCUCAUAGUUUUUAUUUUGUUUUGUUGAAGUACUUUCAUAAGGGAAAAUAACACUGAUCAUUUGGUAAUUGUACAGAUUUCUUAGUUCUUUCUCCACCAUGACCCUUUAUUUCUCAAGUAUUAAUUAAAUUAACUUUUUUUUAAAUCA